UCCUGAGACACAUGCCGCUGCAACAGCCGUUGUCGCAGCAGCAGAACCAGCCGUACCAGCAGCAGCAGCAGCAGGAUCCGCAGGACCAGCAGCAGCAGCAGCAGCAGCAGCAGCAGCAGCAGCAGCAGCAGCAGCAGCAGCAGCAGCAGCAGCAACAGCAGCAGCAGCCGCAGAAACAGCAGCCGGGGGACCAGCAGCAACAGCAGGACCAGCAGCCGUAGCAGCAGCAGCACCAGCAGUGGAGGCCUGCCUGGCGUCCAACAGCCCGACCCGCCUCAAGGACCUCGGCAUGGAAGCCCCUGAUGAUGUUGUG